AUGUCUCUUCGCGCAGCUCGCCGCGUCUGCUUGGCUCCCCCCUUCUCUGCUCCUGCACGCAUACGUUCCUAUUCACCCGCGCUCCCUCCGGCUGCCACACGGUGGAGACGCCAUCACAUCCUACGCGGCAGCUCUGCCUUACGCCCUCCACCCUGCCCUAACAGGCCGAGCCCACGCAUCGCCAGUCUCUCCUUGCCCCCCAACUCACCAACCUCAUCUUUUGAGAAGGCCAGAAACCUCCCUACUCUCUCACGAGCCCCAGUUAGAUACUGUUCCUACCGGAGACAAAACAUGUGCAGGCUUGCUGGAGACAUCGACCACACUGGAGGAGCCGUCCCGGACCCCAACCAGGGCCGCGAGCUCCUCCCCACCAACGUCCUCCCGAGACACUACGAUGUGACUAUGGAACCCGACUUCGACAAGUUCACCUUCGAAGGCAAGGUCCUUAUCGACUUCGACGUCCAGGAGGAUACCGAUUCCAUAUCCCUCCACACCGUCCAGCUCGACCUCCACAGCGCCCAGGUCAAAUCCGGCGAGACUGUAGUCACCUCGUCCUCAGCCAUCACCUACGACGAGGCCAAGCAGGUCUCGCGGAUCGAGCUCAAGGAUGUCCUCCCCAAGGGGACGGCCCAGCUCGAGGUCAAGUUCACCGGCCAACUCAACGAUUCCAUGGCUGGCUUCUACCGCUCCACCUACAAGAAGCCCGACGGCACGCAAGGCAUCCUGGCCACUACCCAGAUGGAGGCCAAUGACUGCCGCCGAGCCUUCCCCUGCUUCGACGAGCCCAUGCACAAGGCCAAGUUCACCGUCACCCUGAUCGCGGACAAGCACCUCACGUGCCUGAGCAACAUGGACGUAGCGUCCGAGUCCGAGGUACACUCGGAGCUGAGCGGGUCCACCAAGAAGGCCGUCAAGUUCAACACCACUCCCCUCAUGUCGACGUACCUGGUCGCCUUCAUCGUCGGCGAAUUAAACUAUAUCGAGACGGACAAAUUCCGGGUGCCGGUUCGCGUGUACGCUCCGCCUAGUUCGGAUAUCGAACAUGGCCGCUUCUCUCUCGAUCUCGCCGCACGAACGCUGGAAUACUACGAGAAGAUAUUCGGCGCCGAUUUUCCCCUGCCCAAGAUGGACAUGGUGGCCAUCCCCGACUUCGCAGCCGGCGCCAUGGAAAAUUGGGGCUUGAUCACCUACCGUGUCGUCGACCUUAUACUGGACGAGAAGGCAAGCGGUGCCGCUAUGAAGGAGCGCGUCGCCGAGGUCGUGCAGCACGAGCUCGCCCACCAAUGGUUCGGAAACCUGGUGACCAUGGAUUGGUGGGAGGGCCUAUGGCUGAACGAGGGCUUCGCGACUCUGAUGAGUUGGCAGAGCUGUAAUUACUUUUACCCCGAGUGGAAGGUAUGGGAGAACUACGUCACGGAUAAUCUCCAGAGCGCCUUGGGGUUGGACUCCCUGAGGAGCAGUCAUCCUAUCGAGGUGCCGGUCAAGCGCGCCAGCGAGGUUGACCAGAUCUUUGACGCCAUUUCGUACUCCAAGGGCUCCUGCGUCCUUCGGAUGAUCUCCACGUAUCUUGGCGAGGAAACAUUCCUGGAAGGCCUCCGGAGAUAUAUCAAGAAGCACGCCUACGGAAAUACGAGGACGGAUGACUUGUGGGCCGCCCUCGAGGACGCCAGCGGAAAACCGGUUAGAGAGAUUAUGUCUAUCUGGACCAAGAACGUCGGCUUCCCCGUGGUCCAGGUCGCGGAGAACGAGGCAGAUAGCACGAUCCGCGUCAAGCAAAACCGGUUCCUGAGAACUGGUGACACAAAACCCGAGGAGGAUCAGGUGCUAUACCCGGUCUUCUUGGGUCUCCGGACGAGGGGGGGUAUAGAUGACUCCCUAACCCUGACUAAGAGGGAAGACACGUUCAAGGUCAAAGACCUCGACUUUUUCAAGUUGAACGCGAACCAUACCAGUAUCUAUCGGACAAGCUACACCCCAGAACGCCUUACCAAGCUGGGCCUGUCCGCUAAGGAGGGGCUGCUUACGGUUGAGGACCGUGCAGGCAUGAUCGCCGACGCUGGCGCCCUCGCUGUGUCCGGAUACCAAAAAACGUCGGGUGUCUUGAACCUACUGAAAGGGUUCGACACCGAAACUUCCUUUGUAGUAUGGAGCGAGAUCAUUGCUAGGGUCGCAACCGUGCAAUCGGCAUGGAUAUUUGAGGACGCGGCCAUCAAGAACGGACUCGAGAUCUUUGUCAAAGAACUGAUCAGCGAGAGAGCGCAUAAGCUGGGCUGGGUCUUCUCUGACAAGGACGGCCACGUUGAGCAGCAGUUUAAAGCCAUGCUGUUCGGCGCGGCCGGAAUGGCGGGCGACGAGAAGGUGAUCGCGGCAGCGAAGGAGAUGUUUGUCAAGUACAUGGCCGGCGAUAAGUCGGCUGUUCAUCCCAACAUCCGGGGCAGCGUGUUCAGCAUCGCGCUCAAGUAUGGCGGGAAGGAAGAGUACGAUUCGGUUCUCGACUUCUUCCACAAGUCUACCAACAGCGACGAGCGGAAUACGGCGCUACGGUGCAUAGGCCGGGCGAAAGACCCGGCUCUCAUCCAGCAGACGCUCAACUUCGUCCUGAGCGGCGAGGUCAAGAGUCAGGACAUCUACCUUCCGGCGAGCGGGCUCAGGAGCCACGCCGAGGGUAUCGAUGCGCUGUUCGACUGGCUGACGGAAAAAUGGCCCGAGGUGUACGAGAGACUGAGCGGGAACCCGCCGAUCCUAGGCUCGAUAGUGACCAUCUGCACGUCGAGCUUCGCGAAGCCGGAGCAGCUCGCGCGGGUCGAGGCGUUCUUCCAGGACAUCGACGUCAAGAACUUUGCGCAGCCGCUCGCUCAGAGCAAGGACGCCAUCCGCAGCAAGAUCGCGUGGCUCGAGCGCGACCGGGAGGACGUGGCGGCGUGGGUUCGAGAAAACGGGUACAUCCCUAAGCUAUAG